AGUGUAGAGGUGAACUUGUAUCAUCUUUCAAAUCGUGCUGAUCAGCUGUUUGAGUGAAAACAGCCUGCUGCGCAUUUUGCGUCAGGUGUUUUUUUUGUUUGUUUGUUUGUUUUGUUUUGUUUGAGGAACGUGCUGCGUGCAAUCAGCGCCUUUAAAACCGCGUGAGAGCGCCCGCCCCACACCUGAAGGCCGAUGAUGGUGAUGAUGAUGAUGAUGAUGGUGAUGAUGGUGAUGAUGAUGAGACGUCUGAAGCGAACACGGGAUAUCUAACCGCUGAGCUUCAAAAUGUGUUCAGUUCCUGGGUUUCCAACUCCGGGAUCAGAGGUACCUGUCCUCAUCACGGGGGUCAAUCUAAACUCCAGAUGUGGUCUUGUGGAAUUGUGGGUUAACAUGGAUGAUGGAAGGGAGCAUAUUUAUGAGCAGAUGAGAGAGGAAAUUCAGAUUCCUAAGAGGAAGUUUGAUGAUUCAGAAGGAAAACCAGGGGACCACUGCCUGGUUUGCAUCAGGAGCAGCUGGCACAGAGCUCGGAUUGUAUCGAUUCAAAGUGAAAUUUACGAUGUUUUUCUGAUUGACCAGGGACGGCCCCAUACCACCACAAGUGAAGCCUUAGCAUACGGCCAGAGCGACAGUUUUCUCCUUCCUCCUGAAAUCGAAUCAUGCAUACUUGCAAAUCUCCUCUCCAAUGAGAACAACUGGCCUGAAAGAGCCACAAAGUUUUUGAAGUCUCUGCCUGGCAAGAAGUUUAAGGGACUAGUUCAGGAUGUGCUGAUGCCAGACAGGAUCAUUCUCCUCGACAUACCGAUUGUUUCCAAGCACAUAUGUAAGGGUGGAGUUUUAAAGAAGAUACCGGCAGAUGAGUUUAAAGGCCUUGUGCUGAAAUGUCUUCACUUACCCAAAGGAGAGGAUUCUGAGAACUGCCUCAUAACGCAGGAGCAGAGUAUGAAUGUUAGUUGCCAACUUGAGAAGCACGACCAAUACUUUUACCCUGAACUGUUGACUGACACUGCGGAAAGUGUUUACGUGACAGAGGUAAUUAAUCCACAGAACAUUUUUUGCAAACUCCUGAUUUUUUCCAAGGCAGUGAAGAUACUGUCAGAGCAGAUCCACCAGCACUAUGAAGAAAGCUCAGGUUUGGGACUGGUGCAACCGCUGACCUGUGGAGAUGUAUGCGCUGCUAGAGGCUUAAAUGGCAGAUGGCACCGCUCGUUGCUAAAGCAAAACGUGACUGGCGAUGAUGCUGUCGAAGUCUUGCAUGUGGAUGAAGGAAUAACGGAAUUGGUCCCAGCUGGAGACAUCAAACCACUGCAUGGAAAGUUCCUGAGAAUGCCUGUUGUCACAUAUCGCUGUUCUCUCGAAGGUGUGAAAGAUCAAGGCACAGGUUGGACUACAGACCAGACUGAUUACCUAAAAUCACUGCUCCUGCACCGCACUGUCAUCGCAAAGUUUGACCACCACAAUAUAUCUCAAGAUGUCUAUUCUGUCACCAUCUACGAAGGUAAUGCUGAAUGCAUAAACACUUGUUUUAUACAGAAGGCAGGACUUUUUAGACCCUCUAUAGUGGAUGUUAAUGACGAGAGUGAACCCAUUUCUUCAUCAGUUCUCAGUUCACUUGAAGACAAGCGAUGCACGGAUGUAUUAGACAACGUAAAUGCUGAUGGUUUACAAGAAGAAACUUUGCCGGACUCCAAGAGCCUGGCAGUCAAUGGCUGGACAGAGGAUGUACCUUCUUCUGGUGCUGUUGAUAUUCAUAUUCACAAAGAUGGUCCAGAACAUCCAGACCUUCUAAUUCAGAGCAAUGGGCAUCUUUCAUCAGGUUUCCACUCAGAGGUGCAAAAUGAUUGUGGUAAUGGUGAAAUUACUGUUGGAAGUAGUUUCACUGUCAACGUAUCUUGCAUUGAAAGUCUCCAGAAGUUCUGGUGUCAAAAAACAGAGAAUAUGUACUCUCUUAGACUCCUCAUGCAAGACCUACAGGAGCACUAUGCAUCCGUCCACCCGCAGCCACUUACUGAGUCCAUCUUUGUCGCCCGUAAUCCAAUCAAUGAUAUGUGGCACAGAGCAAGGAUUAUUGAAAGUCACCAGUCCCCCGUUGUCGACGUGAGAUUUAUAGACAAUGGCCAAACUCAAAAGGUCCAUCUGCGAGAUGUGCACCCCAUUGACCCAACUUUCUUACGGCUGAAUGCCCAAGCUUUCCAGUGUUGCUUAUUCAAUCCAAACAAUCCCACCAGUCCCACUGCUGUCGCUUGGUCCGAUCCUGCGUUAACAGAGUUUCAGAAGUUUGUGGAUUCAGGCGCCUCUUCAGACUUCGGGUUGAAAUGCAUCGUUAAAGCUGUAACGUCUGAUGAGGAAGGUCUGCCGCUUAACGUGGUAGAUAUUGAAACACCAUCUGACAGUGCAUGCAAGAGGUGUGCACAAGCUGAAGCUCAAUCAUACAGCUACUCCACAUACAAUAUUGAGGUGGGUGGACAAGAAAAGGUCUGGGUAACCUCUUCAGACAGUGUCAAUCACUUCUACUGCCAACUGGACAGGAAUUCACGUAUGUUUAAAAAGGUGAUGGACAGUGUUAAACAACUCGUUGGCCAGACACGGCGCACAGAUCACCCCCUUGGACUUCAAAGCAUUUGCCUUGCAAGAUACACAGAUAAUCAGUGGUACAGAGGUCAAGUAGUAGAAAUAACUCCAAAACUCAUGGUGCACUUUGUGGACUAUGGCCAAACCCUUGUUGUGAGAGAAUCCGAUAUUUUCCCAUUUCCCACUGAAGCAAGUUUUGCCAGGUCUGCUCCUGUGCAGGCUGUUCCACUCGGACUGCUCGGUGUUCCUGAAGAAGUGCCACAGGAAGUCAACCAGUGGUUUGCAGAUUGUGCGAUUAAUCAUAGUCUGACCAUUUCAGUGGUCGCAAAAGGGGAGAAAGGGAAGCUAAUUGUUGAACUCUUGGAUGGAUCUGUAAAUGUGAACGCAGAAGUCAGAAAGAUGAUUUCACAGAUGACACAGCAAAAAAUGCCAGCAGACCAGCAGCUCUAUAAAAAUGCAAAACAUGCUACUGAGGACCGUUUAAUGCAGGAGCUCAUGAACGGAUCAGGAUUAAAGGAAGCGGAACAAAAUGAUGUUCAAUGCGACAAUGGUUUGUGUGCUGGAGGUGAGCUAAAUAUGAGUUCUGUAACCAUCAGCAGUGUCUCUGCAGCAGAGAUUAAACAUGAUCAGACUGCUCGUGAAGGGAGAAACCAAGAUUUGGAUGUCAUUCUUGAGGAAAAAGAAACUGUGUUGGCAGAGACUUUCAUACAAGCUGGCAGCAGUGACUCAGAAGCAUCACAACUUCAUUCUUGCCCUGAGGAAGGCGUAAAAAUCUGCAUGUACAAGAGGCCAAACAUUUCUCCAAACAUGCCAGAGGAGGUAUAUGCCUCUUGCAUUGUUGGACCAGAUUACUUCUGGUGUAUGUACACAAACACUGAAGACCUGGACAUGGUGUCAAGUCUUGCUUUGGAGGCGGGACAAGCACAACAGGACAUCACUUUCCCCAAGACUUUGGGUCAAGGUAGUCCAUGCCUUGCUCUUUUUUCCAGUGACAACCAGUGGUAUAGAGCUCAGGUGAUUCGGAAAACCAACGAUACGUUCCAUGUUCUGUUUAUUGACUAUGGAAAUGAGUGUGACGUCAACAUCAAGAAUGUGAGACCACUGCCUCAGAGUCUGCUGGAGAAGGAUCCUCAGGCGUUCCUGUGCUCUUUGAAUGGAUUUGAUGAGUCCAAGGGCUCCUGGGAUGACAAUGUUUAUGAUGAUUUCUACACUCUCCUGGUUGAUAAACCGCUCAAAGUGACAGCGAUUCAUAUUGGAGACCACUCAGAGAUUGCGGUUCCUCAAUAUGCGGUGCAAAUACAGUGUGAAAAUAUGAUUGUGAAUGAUGAAAUGCUGAAAUACUGGAAACCAGUUGCCACAGAGCAUGUUACGACACAAAACAGUCGAACAGAGAACUUACCCCAGGAUAGCCAAACUGUGUCCAGUGAGACGAAUCUUGAUGUUUCUAUGGGAAAUGCUAACACUUGCAUGCGCAAGAACCCAAACAUUUCCAAAAACAAUAAAGAGCAGGUAUAUGCCUCUUGUAUCGUGGAACCCCAUUACUUCUGGUGUCAAUACGCCAACACAGAGGAGCUCAACGAAGUGUCAAGGCUUGCUCAAAAGGCGGGCCAGGCACCGCAGGAUGUAAUGUUCCCUAAGACUCUUCACCCAAACAGUCCAUGCCUCGCCCUGUUUGCCAGUGAUGAACAGUGGUAUCGAGCCCAGGUAAUACACAGAGUUGAUGAUGCAUUCCAUGUUGUUUUUAUCGACUAUGGAAAUGAGUGUGAUGUAGACAGCAAGGACGUGAAACCACUGCCUCAGGUUCUGCUGGAUAUGGCCCCUCAGGCCUUUUUGUGCUCUUUGAAUGGAUUUGUCAAGUCGGAGGGCUCCUGGGAUGAAGAAUCGUACGAUGACUUCUACAAUCUUCUGGUUGAUAAACCACUCGAACUAACAGUCCUCAACAUGGAAGAUCAUUCAGAGAUUGCAGUUCCUCAGUAUACGGUGGAAAUUGAGUGUGACGGAGUAGAUGUAAAUGCGGCAAUGCAGAAAUACUGGAAACCAGUUGCCAAGGAAAGUGUUUUGAUUGGAAACCCUCAAACAGAAACUCUCCGCCAAGAUGGUCAAGCACCCAACAUGACACACCUCAGUGUUUCCAAGGGACAUAUGAAUACAGACACGUACAAGGAGCCAAACAUUUCCAAACACAAGACAGAGAUGGUGUACGCUUCUUGUAUUGCAGAACCUCAUUUCUUUUGGUGUCAAUACGCCAACACAGAGGAGCUCAACACAGUGUCGAGGCUUGCUAAGGAGGCAGGACGGGCGCCGCAGGAUGAAAUGUUCCUCAAGACUGUCGGCCCUGGCAGUCCAUGUCUUGCUCUGUUUUCCAGUGAUGAACAGUGGUAUCGAGCUCAAGUAAUCCACAGAGUUGACGACGCAUUCCACGUUGUUUUCAUCGAUUAUGGAAAUGAGUGUGAUGUAGACAUCAAGGAUGUGAGACCCGUCCCUCAGAGUUUGCUGGAUUGGGCUCCUCAGGCCUUUUUAUGCUCUUUGAAUGGAUUUGUUAAGUCGGAGGGCUCCUGGUGCGACGAAGCUUACGAUGACUUCUACAAUCUUCUGAUUGAUAAGCAACUCGAACUGACAGUGUUCGACAUGGAAGACCAGUCAGAGAUUGCAGUUCCUCAGUAUGCAGUGGUACUAGAGUGCGAGGGAGUCAUCGUGAAUACAAAGAUGGCAAAACACUGGAAAGGACUGGACACAAGCCAUGCCUCGGUAGAGGUGUGGGAUGAGCCAUUUGAUCUCCCAUCUUUAGUGGAGCAGGAGGAUGAAGAAUUUUGAGAAUUGAGGCCAUCAAGAAGUUGGGAAUGAAUGCUCUUAACACGGAUGAACCCCCAUGUGGAAAUCUAAUUGUGACAGUUGCAGUCUUGACCUUUCUGUAAAAGAAAUUGCAUGUUUGUCUUGUUAGAAAUGUCUACCAACUCUUACAAACUUAAUGAAAUGAAGUAUGUCAUGUUGUUAGUUUGUGUCAAUAAACUAAUACACUGUCAUUAAA